AUGGAUAUACGGUUCCCAUACUCGCCGGCUGAGGUCGCUAAAGUUCGUUUGGUUCAGUUCGGCAUACUCAGCCCCGAUGAGAUCAGACAAAUGUCUGUAGUGCAGAUUGAACAUGGAGAGACAACGGAGAGGGGCAAGCCGAAGAUUGGAGGAUUGAGUGACCCUCGGCUUGGUACCAUUGAUAGGAAGAUGAAGUGCGAAACCUGUACAGCGAACAUGGCCGAGUGCCCGGGCCACUUUGGGCACCUGGAGCUUGCGAAGCCUAUGUUUCAUAUUGGGUUCAUAAAGACUGUGCUCACUAUUAUGCGUUGCGUUUGCUUCAACUGCUCUAAGAUUCUAGCCGAUGAGGAAGAUCAUAAAUUUAAGCAAGCUUUGAGGAUAAGGAAUCCCAAAAAUAGGCUGAAAAAGAUUUUGGAUGCGUGUAAAAACAAAACCAAAUGUGAAGGUGGUGAUGAGAUUGAUGUUCAUGCUCAAGACGCUGAGAAACCAGUUAAAAAAAGUCGUGGUGGCUGUGGUGCCCAACAACCAAAGCUCACCAUUGAGGGUAUGAAAAUGAUUGCGGAGUACAAGGCUCAAAGGAAGAAAAGUGAUGACCAGGAACAACUUCCUGAACCUGUGGAAAGGAAACAGACUCUUACCGCAGAACGGGUUCUUGGUGUUUUGAAAAGGAUUAGUGAUGAAGACUGCCAAUUGUUGGGUUUGGAUCCUAAGUAUGCCCGUCCUGAUUGGAUGAUUUUACAAGUUCUUCCAAUUCCUCCACCACCUGUGAGACCUUCUGUAAUGAUGGACACUUCCUCUAGGAGUGAGGAUGAUUUGACUCAUCAGCUGGCGAUGAUCAUCAGGCACAAUGAGAAUUUGAAGAGACAGGAGAGAAAUGGAUCGCCUGCACAUAUCAUUUCUGAGUUUGCCCAGUUGCUGCAGUUUCACAUCGCUACAUAUUUUGAUAAUGAAUUGCCUGGGCUGCCAAGGGCUACACAAAGAUCAGGUAGGCCUAUCAAAUCAAUAUGUAGCAGGCUUAAGGCAAAAGAAGGCCGGAUUAGGGGUAACUUGAUGGGGAAGAGAGUAGAUUUUUCUGCACGAACAGUAAUUACACCAGAUCCGACAAUUAACAUUGAUGAAUUGGGAGUGCCGUGGAGUAUUGCUCUAAAUCUUACAUACCCUGAGACAGUGACUCCUUAUAACAUUGAAAGGUUGAAGGAACUCGUGGAAUAUGGACCCCAUCCUCCGCCUGGAAAAACUGGUGCCAAGUACAUCAUUCGAGAUGAUGGACAAAGGCUUGAUCUUCGAUAUUUGAAGAAAAGUAGUGAUCACCAUUUGGAGCUUGGAUACAAGGUGGAGCGUCAUUUGAAUGAUGGAGACUUUGUCCUAUUCAACCGGCAGCCUAGUCUUCAUAAGAUGUCUAUCAUGGGGCACAGAAUCAAAAUCAUGCCUUAUUCUACUUUCCGGCUGAACUUGUCUGUUACUUCACCAUAUAAUGCUGAUUUUGAUGGGGAUGAAAUGAAUAUGCAUGUUCCUCAGUCAUUUGAAACCAGAGCUGAGGUGUUGGAGCUCAUGAUGGUGCCUAAGUGCAUUGUGUCACCUCAGUCGAAUAGGCCAGUCAUGGGAAUCGUCCAAGAUACACUUUUAGGAUGCAGAAAAAUCACUAAGAGAGAUACCUUCAUAACAAAGGAUGUUUUUAUGAACAUUUUGAUGUGGUGGGAAGAUUUUGAUGGGAAGGUCCCAGCUCCAGCAAUACUGAAGCCAGAACCAUUGUGGACUGGAAAGCAAGUUUUUAAUCUCAUCAUACCAAAACAAAUAAAUCUCAUUAGAUAUUCAAGCUGGCACCAAGAGGGGGAAACUGGGUUUGUAACUCCUGGUGAUACGGUUGUCAGAAUAGAGAAAGGGGAAUUACUUACUGGAACUCUUUGCAAAAAGACGCUUGGAACAUCUACUGGCAGUCUUAUACAUGUCAUUUGGGAGGAGGUUGGCCCUGAUGCUGCUCGUAAAUUCCUUGGUCAUACUCAGUGGCUUGUUAACUACUGGCUUUUGCAGAAUGGUUUUACCAUUGGAAUUGGUGAUACCAUUGCGGAUGCGGCAACUAUGGAGACUAUUAAUCAGACUAUUGCAAAUGCUAAGGAGGAGGUGAAAAGGCUUAUUAGGGAUGCACAGGACAAGAAGUUGGAGGCUGAACCUGGACGAACAAUGAUGGAAUCCUUUGAAAAUAGAGUGAACCAGACGCUGAAUAAAGCUCGUGAUGAUGCUGGAAAUAGUGCACAGAAAAGUUUGUCUGAGAGCAAUAAUCUGAAAGCAAUGGUUACAGCUGGUUCAAAAGGAAGUUUCAUUAACAUAUCUCAGAUGACUGCUUGUGUGGGCCAGCAGAAUGUUGAGGGCAAGCGGAUACCAUAUGGGUUCAUAGACCGGACAUUGCCCCAUUUUACAAAGGAUGAUUAUGGACCUGAAAGCCGUGGCUUUGUGGAGAACUCAUACCUUCGUGGGCUAACCCCUCAAGAGUUCUUCUUUCAUGCCAUGGGUGGGAGGGAAGGUCUUAUUGAUACUGCUGUUAAGACCUCUGAAACUGGGUACAUUCAGAGGAGACUUGUAAAGGCUAUGGAGGAUAUUAUGGUUAAAUAUGAUGGUACAGUUAGGAACUCAUUGGGAGAUGUUAUUCAAUUUCUGUAUGGAGAAGAUGGUAUGGAUGCUGUUUGGAUAGAAACACAGAAGUUGGAUUCAUUAAAAAUGAAAAAGUCAGAAUUUGACAAGUCUUUCAGGUAUGAGUUUGAUGAUGAAAACUGGAAGCCUAAUUAUAUGCUUGAAGAACCUGUAGAAGAUUUGAAAACCAUAAGAGAAUUCCGGAAUGUGUUUGAGGCUGAAGUUCAAAAGCUUGAAACAGAUAGACACCAGCUUGCAACUGAGAUAGCAACUACUGGUGAUAGUUCUUUGCCUCUGCCUGUUAAUCUGAAGAGGCUGAUCUGGAAUGCUCAGAAGACAUUUAAGGUGGAUUUCCGAAGGCCUUCAGAUAUGCAUCCUAUGGAAAUUGUUGAAGCCAUUGAUACUCAAGAGAGAUUGAAGGUUGUUCCUGGUGAAGAUCUCUUGAGUCAAGAAGCUCAAAAGAAUGCAACUCUCCUGUUCAACAUUCUUCUCCGUAGCACUUUUGCUAGUAAGAGGGUCUUAGCAGAAUACAGGCUUUCUCGUGAGGCAUUUGAGUGGGUUGUGGGGGAAAUUGAGUCUCGAUUCUUACAGUCUCUUGUAGCCCCUGGAGAAAUGAUCGGUUGUGUUGCAGCUCAAUCUAUUGGUGAGCCAGCCACUCAAAUGACACUGAACACCUUUCACUAUGCUGGUGUCAGUGCGAAGAACGUUACUCUUGGUGUUCCUAGGUUGAGGGAAAUCAUUAAUGUAGCAAAGAGAAUCAAAACACCUUCCCUCUCUGUCUACUUGAAACCCGAGGUCAAUAAGACUAAAGAGAAGGCAAAGAAUGUUCAAUGUGCCUUGGAAUAUACUACUCUUAGGAGUGUUACGCAAGCCACAGAAGUAUGGUAUGAUCCAGACCCAAUGAGCACAAUUAUCGAAGAGGAUAUUGAUUUUGUGAAAUCCUACUAUGAAAUGCCAGAUGAAGAAGUUUCCCCUGAGAAAAUAUCUCCUUGGUUGCUUCGCAUAGAAUUAAAUCGUGAAAUGAUGGUGGAUAAGAAGUUGAGCAUGGCUGACAUUGCUGAAAAGAUCAACCUUGAAUUUGACGAUGAUUUAACUUGUAUAUUUAAUGAUGACAAUGCUGAAAAACUUAUACUUCGCAUCCGGAUUAUGAAUGAUGAAGCUUCCAAGGGAGAAAUUCAGGAUGAAUCUGCUGAAGAUGAUGUAUUUCUGAAGAAAAUAGAGAGCAACAUGCUGACUGAAAUGGCUUUACGAGGCAUCCCAGACAUUAACAAAGUUUUCAUUAAAAACACUAAAAUUCAGAAGUUUGAUGAUGGACAAGGUUUCAGGCCUUAUGAUGAGUGGAUGCUUGAUACCGAAGGUGUCAACCUUUUAGCUGUGAUGUGUCAUGAAGAUGUUGAUGCGUCAAGGACCACAAGCAAUCACUUAAUUGAAGUGAUUGAAGUUCUAGGUAUUGAAGCAGUUCGUCGUGCUCUUCUGGAUGAGUUACGUGUUGUAAUAUCUUUUGAUGGCUCUUAUGUCAAUUACCGGCAUCUGGCCAUUCUUUGUGAUACCAUGACUUAUCGGGGCCAUUUGAUGGCAAUAACUCGUCAUGGCAUUAAUCGGAAUGACACUGGACCAAUGAUGAGGUGCUCAUUUGAAGAGACGGUGGAUAUUCUCCUUGAUGCUGCAGUAUAUGCCGAGUCUGAUUACUUGAGGGGUGUCACUGAAAAUAUUAUGUUAGGCCAGCUUGCCCCCAUUGGAACUGGAAGCUGUGCCUUGUAUCUCAAUGACGAGAUGCUGAAGAAUGCUAUUGAGCUCCAGCUACCUAGUUACAUGGAAGGUCUUGAUUUUGGCAUGACACCUGCAAGAUCGCCUUUCUCAGGAACUCCUUAUCAUGAAGGCAUGAUGUCACCAAGUUAUUUGUUGAGUCCCAAUCUGAGGUUGUCACCUACUACUGAUGCACAGUUUUCUCCUUAUGUUGGUGGAAUGGCAUUCUCCCCAGCUUCUUCUCCUGGUUACAGUCCAUCCUCACCAGGUUACAGUCCAUCCUCACCUGGCUACAGUCCCACGUCACCUGGCUACAGUCCCACGUCACCUGGUUAUAGUCCCACGUCACCUGGUUACAGUCCCACCUCUCCUACUUACAGUCCUAGCUCUCCAGGAUAUAGCCCAACUAGUCCUGCAUAUUCACCUACAAGCCCUUCUUAUUCGCCCACCUCUCCAAGCUACAGCCCCACCUCUCCAAGCUACAGCCCCACCUCACCAAGCUACAGCCCCACCUCACCAAGCUACAGCCCCACCUCCCCAGCCUACAGCCCCACCUCCCCAGCUUACAGCCCCACUUCCCCUGCGUACAGCCCUACCUCACCUUCAUACAGCCCAACAUCUCCAUCGUACAGCCCAACAUCUCCAUCGUACAGCCCAACAUCACCAUCCUACAGCCCAACAUCACCCUCCACAGCCCACAUCACCCUCUACAGCCCUACUUCGCCAGCAUAUAGCCCCACAUCUCCUGGCUACAGUCCAACAUCACCUAGUUACAGUCCGACCUCACCAAGUUAUAGCCCCACUUCCCCUAGUUACAAUCCACAGUCAGCAAGAUACAGCCCGUCACUGGCUUAUUCCCCAAGCAGUCCAAGGAUAUCUCCGUCAAGUCCAUACAGUCCUACAUCCCCAAAUUACAGCCCCACGUCACCAUCAUAUUCGCCAACAUCUCCGUCUUAUUCACCAUCUAGCCCAACAUACAGCCCUAGCAGCCCAUAUAAUUCUGGUGUAAGCCCGGACUAUAGCCCAAGUUCUCCCCAAUUCAGUCCCAGUACUGGCUACUCACCAAGUCAACCUGGGUACUCGCCUUCAUCUACCAGCCAGUACACUCCCCAGACUAGUGACAAGGAUGAUCGGAGUAGUCGCUGAGGUAUAAAUUGCUUCAGAGAGCUGUGUUGAAGUGAGAUUUGACUGACUGAGUUAUGAAUUUUGUUUCAUUAUCAUUGGUCAAUUUGCAGUUGAAUGUAGAUAUCAUGACUAAUUGGCAAUUGUCAAUGUUAAAAAGCCACUUUAGGCCACUCGCAGCGGAUUGAACACUGAAGCCUUGCUGGGUUCCUUUGGGAUGUUUCAUUCCCAUGUUGUCAAGCUUUAGCCUCAGGGGAUGAGCAUGAUAAUGUUACUUUAGCAUUGGUUGCUGGGAAAUAUCACGUUGAUCAGGGCAUUUUUAUUUUUGGGCAACAUUUUUACUGACUAAGCGACCCAUGCUGCUAUGCAUACUUGUCUGUUUGAUCCUAUAAUAUGUGAGUGCGGACAGAAGUGUGUACUAGUACUCGCUGAAUAAUUACAGUAUUGUCAGUGCAAGGUUUAAAUGUGUAGCUGAAUGAGAGUUUUGCUGUAUCUGUAACAAAAUUGAAUGUUGUAUAUUUAUCAGUUUCACCUAAAAGGACAAUAUUUUGUUGCUGAUUUUA